AUGGACGGUUUUCCAGAGAAAAAGGAACAACACAAUAACAAGGGAACUCUAGUCAACGGUUAUGUCGAAGAUAACUCUGAAGGAGGAAAACCUGCUUCAAGAAAACGAACCAUUAUGUGGAUCACUGCCAUCUUUGCGGUUAUAGCACUUGUGGUUGGUGGAGCCAUACUCACAGCAACUUUGUUGAAUCGGAAAGAGCAAGUUACUGAGCGUUUAGUGGAAGUCAACUUGGAACCAGGUGAAACUUUGUUGUAUCAAGUUGAGCAAGUCCUUGAAGUACGAAGUGGAGAGCUUCAGAGAGGUAUUUGAUGUCGCUACUAAUUAAGCAUUUAAUGCUGUCUUGAACUGCCUUUCGUCGCUGGCUAAAACUUACGAAUUUUCUAUUUUGAAAUAGCCUUUUUGGUCGCAUAGGCAAUUUUUUCGAAAAAAUCAUUUUACGUUAAAGAUGACAUUAGGUAACAAUGCAUUUUGUUAGAUUUCAGACACAUUCUGCAAUUUACAAGAUAAUUAAGAACAGUGAAUAUGCUUUCCUAAAACAUUGAAAGCAGGCAAUCAAAAUGGAAAUCAAAUCUCAGGUUAAGAAUUCUAAUUCGGGCCGUACAGAGAUAUAGAAUACGGGGUUUACAUAGUCUUGUGAUCACCCUAAGUCUUCUGUUGCUGUCCCUUUUCGGUGACUUUGAGGCGCUGGAUUUGAUUUUGCGCGGAAAAUCAUGUUUAUUUGAAAUAGCAUUAUAUAUUUGAAGACAUUUGCAUAUGCAUACUUCAGUGUGGUUUUUUGGAAUUUUUUUUUUUCGAAUUUUUCAUCUCAAUAAAUUGUUUUUAUCAAAUUCAUCGUUAGAACGCUAAACCCAGCAUACCCACAUAAUUAGCUCAAUUCCGAAUUUACUUCGGCAUUGGACAUAUCAAUCUACUUUCGAAUGUUCGGGGUAGACAUAAUAGACUUUUGUGCAGGCUAGGCGCAUUGAAUUUGCAUAGUAAUCCAGUUUGGCUAUAUCGUGAAUAUAUUUUAUGGUCGAUCUGGGUAAGUUUUGUUGAUACUGCCAUACGGAAUUGUUUCUUCAGAAAUUUAAUAAGAUCAGCACCAGCAGUUUAGUCAUCAGUUCCAGAGUUACUUGGAGAGUACUCGUCCAUUUAUUCUCAAUUGAGAUUUCGGAAGGUGGCUUUUCUCUUUCCAGUCUUUAAUAUGUCAGUUUGAAAGGCAUUUUGGAUAAUCGAAAGGCACUUAAAUAUCCAUCAAUAGCCACCUCCAUUUCGGUGAAUAGUUGUUAAUUGUUCCACGGUUGGUUGAUGCACAGGUUUUUUUAGCCUGAUAUCUAUUGUCUAGUUCUGGUGGUGACAUGAAGACAAUUGGUUCUUCAUUAACUUAAUAAUUUGCAUCUAAAAUUGCCAUUUCAUGCUGGUUCUUAUUAUAAAUCGUUUUAUCCUCGACCCCUAUUAAAUUAAAGAGUCGUGUCAUAAUUGUUGUUUAAGAAAGGUGUCUAUAGUUAGCAUUUAGUCUUGGAAGUUCACCUCUCAUCAUCUGGCAUCUCGAUGCGUUCUUUUAGAAAUAGGCUGCAAAUUUGGUAUACCUUUUGGUGUCUUUUAAAUCAAGACUCCCACCAAAAACAUUAGGACCUCCGAUUUUCCAGUUCGAAAUCCAAGAAAAGUUUCUUUUUUUUUUUUUUUUUUUAAUCCAAUUGAUUGUUUGAGAGGUAGCUGAGCAACAAAGUACUUUUUUAAAAUUUUCCUACAAGGUUAAGUCAAGGUUAAUGAACCGUCAACCUACCAAAGACACUGAUAUGGUGUUUUACUUUCAAAAUAUCAACCGGGAGGUUUAUUGAGCUGCCUUUAUACUUCCGGUUUUUUACGACGCAAAAUCAGCAUCCUUCGAAGAAUGAAUUUGCUGUUUAGAUAUUGAAGUUACAUAUUCAUCAAGCUUGAUGUCUUGCUUCCUUACAAUUGUCAGGAAAACAGGCAAUCAGAUCGAAUUUAACUCAACAAGGAUUGUUUAUCAGCCAAAGUGCCUUAGUGUGCUAGAUUUCUAUAUUUUGUAUUAGCUAAUUUGGUCAUUUUUUUCAGGGACACUAAGUACCAUCGUUGCUCUUCAAGUAAUAAACAAGACAUCAGAGGAGUAUUGGUUCGUUUUUAAGAUCAUCAGUAUUGAUGCUGAAGGAGAAAACUUGGAAAAAAUCGGUAACGUGACCCGAGGAAGAUCGUUAUAUUUUUUGGUUAGGGUUGAGCGCACUUCAAGGUAGGUAGCAAGAAAGCAUUUGAAAGAAUUUGUCUUCUGAGUCAUGUCGAUAAUACCAGAGAGCAAUUAAAUAGGCAUGAUUGCUUGCCCUGAUGGAGGUUUUUUUUUUUUUUUUAUAAAUAUCAUAGUGAAACCAGAAAACCAUUCAACUUACCGCUACCUUAGCCUGAGCAAUUAAGUCAAAUAGUUUCAUAAUCUGAAGAGCCAGACGAACAAUUACUGACAAUUGCUACACUUAUUACUCAAACUAAUAAUGUAUAAUUAUGAUUCACUUUGAUUCGGUCACGAAAUUUCAGUUUGAAAUAGUAUCAUUUAACUCUCUUAUCGGUUAAUUGAGGUUGAGGUGGGAGGUGGGGGGGGGUUGGUGGCUGAUCACGGAAUUGUCUGUAAAAAUUACUUUUAAAGCCAAAAAUGUCCAAAAGAAAUUCAAACUUCCCUCUCUAAAAUGAUUCUUUCUUUCCUUAAGAUAUGAAGCAAGAAAACAUGCUUUGUUAUUAGAAGUUAUUUUCAUAAAGCAUUCACAACAUUUAUUUUUAGACAGGAGUAUAUCUUCACUAUCUGACCGACGGUGGGUCGUAUUGCAACAUUGAAUGCUUUGUCUAAAAGAAGCGUUCUUCUUCUGAUUCCCAAUUUUAAGCCUUUUAUACAUCGCAAACCACAUCCCUUUAGAUACGGAUAUCAGUUCUUAAUUUUCACGUAGAGAUAUCGGGUAAGUUUCUGCUCAAUUAGAAUAGAGGACAAAAUUUUCUCAAAAACUUCUUCCAGUGCUAUAAUCUGUGUUUCUAAUUUCUAUCAGCAGUUGGCUUUGAAUUCCUCAGGAGUUAGCAGGAUAAGUAGCUAUACUCUUUUAAAACAUGAAGUUCCCAAUUCCAUUUCCCUUCCUUUUACUUUUUUUGUUAGUCAUAUUCAUAUUCCACAAUUUUGACUCGUUUGAAAAUUGUUGAGGAACCUGAAAUGGGACUUCUUGAACACGGUAUCAUGCUAAUUGCCAAUUGGGAUGUUUUCAACAGGUCUGAAGUAAAGAAAACGUCAAAAUCCACCGAAGAAGAUGAGUCCUUUGAAUUAUACGGAAAUCCAGAGUCCGACGAGGGGUUAACACGCUAUGCCCGAGCCAUACUUACCCAGCUUCUCCCAACUGUUGAGCGCAACCUUUACGAACGUGUAGACGGACAGAAACGAGACCCAAAUUCCGAGCCAAAACCUGAAAAAUCUUUCAUGUUUCCCGGAAUUGUGAAGAUGCACAGAGAAGCAAACACAUCGCAAAAUGACAAAAUUUUUAUUAAAAACAAAUUCAAUCGGUCGGAUGUCACCAAUAUGACAUCUGACAUCGACUUGGACUUGUCAUAUGCUGAUUCAUCAGUUCUUAACAAGAGCAACGGCGUGGUAACAAAAGGUGAAGUCCAUUUAACUGAACAACUAAAUUUCGGAGAGCCAGUUCAGUUUAAGAAAGGAUCCACAGCCGACAUGAUGAAAGUUUCUUUCACGAGUAAGGUUACUCUUCUUGAUGAUGAGAAGUACCGGAAAAGCUAUCUUGAAGACGAGGAACUAGCAGAUGUUAAUGUUCGUGAUUUCGUCAAACUCGUUGCACCAAAAUCUGACCAAACAUUCAGGGUGAAAACCUCUGAGAGAGAGGCUCUGAAUGAGCCUUCGGUUGAUUCAAAGGAAAUGAACAGCACGUCCGCUGACGAUGAGCGAGAGACAAACUUGACAACAGCAGCGCACGACUCAAGACACCAGCGAAGUCGCAGACAAAACUUUGUUCAAAAAUUCCUUAAUGCUCCUCGAAAGAUUUCGUUCACACUCUUUAAGAAAAAAAUUAUAGGCAUAGAUAUGAAAGUGGAGACCACUGUUCGAAUUGAAUCAAUUAAAAAGCUAGUCAACCUUAAGCUUGACAAGACCGAGUUGUAUUUAACUCUGCAUUUGGGAGCCAGUGUAACAGCGCCACUUCUCCGAGAAUCCAUUGACACCACUAAGAAAGAAACAAAGAAGAUAAAUGGACUAAACGUCGAAGUUGUAAGUGCUUGAAUUUAAAAUGUCGAUGUUAGAUCGGGCCUCUAUUUCGGCAGGUUUUUUCUGGGAGGCAGCUCACGGUUUGCGAAAAACAAGGUCGACAAAAGCACUAGCAUGGAAGAAAGUAAAUUGCACCAGUGGCUCGUGUGCCUUCAUUUACGUGUAUUAGAUUUUGAGUUUUACUUAUUUCAAUAGACGCUAUAAUGACUGCUUUUAAACGAUUCUACGAUAACAGGAUAAUAUUGAAACCUUUAGCCCCACAUAAUUUAGCCGUAAAAAAUUGCCUGUCAGGGAGGUAGACGACGACCACGACCGAAUUAUAAACUUAGGCUUUUUGCGCAGGAGGCCCAAGUAAUGACCGCACUGUUUGAAAAAGUUUAUGUACAUGUAAUGCAAUUUACUGGUUUUUUUUUCUCUUUUCUACAGAGCCACAGUAUUCCGAUAUUUUGGGUCGUCAGUCUUGAUGUGGAUUUUAUUCUUAAGCCAUCUUUUAGCAUCUCAGUGGACCCAGGCUCACUCUCACCAUCCCGGUUAAGCGUAACGGUGAGUAGAUAUAACUGAAUUGAUGGUUAACAUGUAAUGUAAACAAUGAUUAACAUAUCUGGGUGUAUUGUGUAUUGUAAUAAGGAAUUUUUCUGUUACUCUAAUAUGCAACGAUGUUGUUGUUUUAGCAUUAACUUUGUCGUAAGAGUAUUUACAUAUAUUUGCCGUUCAAACUGGAACACCAUGAUGUAUGACGCAGAGUCAAAUAGGCAAUGGUUCUUUUAACCUCAUUUGGCAAGAAAAAAAAUAUGUGGAAUGGUAAAAGAGUCUAGUUCUUGUUGUAAGGAUUAGCUUCCGAGGAUAAGUUACGGCUUUUGGUCACCAUUAUGGAGAAGUACAUCCAUCCUGGCGUCUUAUUCAACGGUUCAGUUGACUGUGAGUAUUGCUCAGUUUACAAGGCACUAAAAGAUUACAUCUGACAGUCUAAUUCAAUGCUAAACUGAGCUGACUACAAACAUGUAGGCCCUUUGAAUCUUUGGGUUGUCACGCAAUACCGGUGACAAAGGAACUUUAGGGGGUAGGUGAAGGGCAAAACUCCAUAUAAUUAAGCACUAUCAGAAUUGAACUCUUGGAACCUACAAAAUAUUUUAUUCUGUAAACAUUUUUGUAAUAGUGUCAUCUUUGUCUGGUGACAAACAGUAAAAUACAUUUAUUUAUUGCAGGGAAUUAUUCUUGUUUUUUUGGCGCUCUGUGCCUGUCGUACUUAUUAGGGGUGUUUUUCUUUCCACUAAAAUAGCAAGAAAUACUCUAACAGCAUGAAAGAGGACCUUUUGUACAGUUUUAAAACACCAUGCUUCAAAACGCAGCGGUGGGGAUGUGUGGCUUAUGUGAGGCUGGGGUGCUAUGUUCCGUGGCCAAUGGGUGGGGCUAGCAUAAGGGAGUGGUAUUAUUAACCGCUGUUAACAGACCCAACUACCGUCUAAAACCUUAAGCUACAGAGGGGCCGACAUAUGUGCGCUCGGCACAAAAUAAGGUCGAUCUUAUCUUCAGGACCGGUAAAUUUGAAAGCCAACUCACGACUUGCGAUAUUCUUGGUGCAUCAAAGUAAAGGAACAAUUUCCGUUUCACGCAUUCGAUCUCUAGUGUUGUAACCACAAACUCUGCCAAUAAGCGACUUGAACGAACAACAACCUUCCAUUUUUUAUGUAACAAAGUUGACCGUGUAAGUUAAUGUAUUUGUGAAAAACAAAGUCCGAAGCCCCGCCUCUAAGCGAACAAUAGGCAUCGUGUAAUUACCAUAAACCAGGUUUUGUUUACUAAGGCUUAGUAUUUUUAGCAGGUACUAAAUUUAGCUUUUCAACGAGUAUUAGCCAAAGGUCCGAUCUCCGCGACUUUCUCAGCAGCAGAGUGAAGUCUUUUUACUUUCCCCUUCCCCUACCCCCUAAAAAAUAACUUUCCAUCGUAUGAUUUGCAUUGCGUGACGACUCUCCGUAUACAAAACUACGUUGACUGCAACAUAUGUGUAGUGCCACUUUUAAAAGCAUCGAUCAGAUCUACUGCACCACAAAUUGAACAACACUCACAGUCAACUGAACCGCUGAAAAAGAUGCCACAGUGCAGAAAGAUGUCAAACGUUUUAUAACGAAGGUUGGUGACAGUUCGCAGAUUGACAGGCAGUUUCAUCAGACGUUAUAAAUACGACGAGCGACAAGAUAACCAUAGUAAAAUGGUCUUUGGAUCUUUCUUCUAAAGCAGAUGAGGUUAGAGCAUUUGGAAAUGUGUACCCAUGUACAUUUUCCGGCCUCAUAUGGGUUGAAUCAUAUUAAAGUAUGUGUGUGGCUCGCGACUGGAAUGUUGAUCGCGAAAGGUCAAAUAACUGCAUUUUAACGGACUUUGAAAAGCUUUCGUAUCGCUCUCAAUCAUUUGCCCAAAAAAAUUUUUACAGUAAUAUUGAAAACGUCUUUUCGUAAUUCUACCGCCCAAAGCUUAAUCCAUUUGAAGGUUUAGCACAUGCUGAAAAUUAACUUUACUCACAAAGUACUUUCACUGAAGAGAAAUGUAUGCUUUCGAAAUUAAAUUAUUUUACAGGCAAAGAGGAACGCAGUGUUUACAAACAUCGUUUUGUGAGGUCUUAUGAGGUUGAAAAAGAAGAUUUGAGUGUUAAAAAGACGAGAUUGUGAUUCGUUUUUGAAUGUGAAGCCCUCAAACUUGUGCAAUAAUUUGCCGCUAAAAAUGACGAUUUUAACGGAAGUUUGUUAUUUGUAUUUUUCUCUGAAAUAAAAAGAUAUUUUGCCAAAAAAAGUAUCCAGUGAUUUUAGUUAUAGUCUAGCCUAUCUAAUAUUAAAACAAGAAAGAAAUCGAAUUUUUCACCCUUGCCGCGAAAUUUAGAAUUUGUCUGAUUUUUACAGACAAGCGCUCUUAAAGAUCAAUGCUCAAAAAGUCAAGCCUCAAAAAAAAACCAAAAACAUCUGAAUGUGAAUCGUUCAUUGCGGCCAUGUUUUUUGCUCCGCUUUCCAUCUUAUUUUUUGACAUGUUCUACAGUAUAAUAAUGUGGCAUAAUUUUCGGGUUCCGUUGUCCUUAUAACGGGUAAAAUGGCUCACAGGAUGAAUAAUAAAUCGCUCUCUCUGUCAGCAACAACUUCGAUGAUGUAAGAGACAGGUAAAGAAUGAUGGAUUUCAUGAAAUCAUACAAAUAUAUAAAUGAAUUAAUAAAAUAAAAGCUCUUACAUGUCAUUUCAGGUAACGCCCUAUGCAUCAGUAACAGCCACUUUGCAAGGAUCCGUAUCCGUAUGGCUUAUAAGGGCUGGGGUAUACGGCGACGGACACUUGAUAAGCGGAAGUCUUCCAAUCAGCGUGUCGUAUGAUGAAAAUCGCCUUUCCUACAGGGAUAUCUGCGUAGAUGUUUCAGCUGACUUACGGAUCCUUGAACUGGAAGCCGGUGUCUUCUACCAAUGGAAGUCAUGUAAGUGGGACUGGUGGAGGCUUAGAUGCAAGUGGGGAACUCGACGCACCUUGCACAGUUUUGGCCGAUGGUCUGCCUUCAGUUUGAGGCAAAAUAUGAUUAAUGAAUGUUUCUGAUAACACUUUCCGAGGCGGUCCGAUAGUUGUUAACCGUUUAGUUUUUAAAGAACUUUUUAAUUGAGUGUCGAAAAUAAUCCGAGAAUGCAUUAGUUUUGCCUUACUUUGCUCUAUGAAUGGUCUAAAAAACUCCGCCACUCCCUCACUGGCGAUCUGAUGCAUAACUUACACCUAUCACGAUCCGCGGUCACCCACGUUUUCCCGCGCUGUGGGCGAGUUGUUUGUUUUUACUUUGAUUUCAUUGGCUCUUCAGGGUAUUUUUAUUUCUUCUCAUUGGCUUUUGUAAUUAUUACGUAAUUUUGGUUUUACGACACUCAGUCGAAAAGUACUUUAGUAAGAUUUAGUAUUUCCCGGUGUGUUUUAGAGGUGUCGUUUAUUUUUCGGAUUUGAUUUAACUUAAAGUCGAAGUACCUUAGAUUAGAGAGAGCGUGUGUGGAUUCUAUUUAUGGUUUCCAGUCCAACAUUGUGGUUGUAAGGUCAUUAUUUCCUAGAUUAUUUCUACGCGAGUUCGACUUUUUUUUUCACCCAUCUGCAUUAACAGUGUCAGCGAUCGGCAAAACCAAACAUAUCAGCAAUUAAGGUAUCAAGGUCGUCAAUGAUUCUACAAAGUUCUGAUACCAUUCUGCCGCCAAACGGCAGGAACGGAGAAGAUGAAGCUUAUGACGUCACAAAUCACUUGCAUCAACCAAUGCUUGUCGACCGGUGAUUGAUGGCUCUUCAUCAGAUUAGUUGGAUUAAUCCUUUACAUCCUAACAUCAGGAUGCAUAUUCUCUAUACUGUUCUAUAUACAUUUCCUAAGGUGCUGGAAAGGAGAAUUUGUUUAAUAGUCAAGAGAUUCUUUGGUUGGUGAUCAUUUCCUUCAUCCUUUUGACCCUAAUGAGUGAUCCAGGGCUGAUUUUGUAAGAGGAAAUUAGCCGCUGGUCACUCUUAGACUUUAAAGAGUUAAAGAAGAUCCCAUUUAGUUUCGUAACUAUUCGUCUCAGCAUUGAGAUGAUUUAUGUACUCAGUACUUCUCCAAAUUGAUUAAAAAGCUAAGCAAAUUAGGUAAAUCAUUUAACUUGGGCAAGAAAAGAAAAAAUCUUACUGUUUUGGCGGCCUAAAAUCUUUCAUCGUCAUUUUGUGCGUUAUGAUGGAGUCGGAAACCGACACGAUGAACGACAAAAACCAAAUUGCCCGUCUAAAAAAUGUAAUGCUCCUUCUCGUUUGGUUAGGAUAGCUGUAAAAGUUCCAAUCAUACCAUGGAUAACUCGUCUGUAUAGUAAUGGACCGUCUAUAGAACCAGAGUGUUUUGUGUGCAAGAACAAUAAAUUACUGUUAAAACGC